CUGAAGAUCAGUGGUGCACAAUAAACAUUGGCGGUUAUUCAACUCUACAGUAUUGUUUGUUAUUUGGAGAAAACUAGUUAAUUAUCAAAGAAAAUCCAGUCUUCCUCCUCUGCGUCUCGAAUCCAGUUUGCAUUCGAACGAUCCUUGUCUCCCGAUUUGGGAGUUUUCUUAAAUUUGGGACCUAAAUACUAUGAAAAUUCGUAUUUUCCUGUAGAACCCGAGGAAAUUUGAAGGGACCACCUCCCAAUCGAUAUAAAUUGUUUUAAUACAACUGCGGCAUAUACGUCAUGAAAAUUGCUAAAGAACAACUCACAUACACUCCCAGCUACUGGUCUGUCACAAUUAUAACCAUUUCUACUGGCUAAGUGAAGAGAACGUGUACAAGCUGUUAGAAUAUCUGAGGGGGUUCGGUAACUUACAGUGUGGAUACGUUGUAUUUUUGUCCAAUGUGAACAAAUCUAUUGGUUUGUUCGCCCAAGUAAAUGGAGAUCCUCAAAUGGACCAUUUCAUCAUAUGGGAUUACCACGUUUUCCUCAUAUACGGCGAUAUGUCCAAUUACUGGGUUUAUGACUUUGACUCACUACUGCCGUUUCCCACCCCAUUUGUUCAGUAUCUAACACACGGACUCCGGCAGAACACCGUUCUUCCAGAAGAACUACAUAGGUCCUAUCGCGUUAUCCAUGGCGUCGACUACCUAAAUCACUUUUCAUCAGAUCGUAGUCAUAUGCAGCGUGAGGAUGGCAGCUGGAUAGCACCACCACCAACUUAUGAAUGUAUACGUGGACAGAGUUCAAGUUCGUUACAUACUUUACCCUUCUACUGGGAUAUGACAUCUAAUAUAGUUGAGAACUUAUCACUGACGGACAGUGUUUAUGGGACUGUUUUAAGUGAAAGCGAGUUUUUCAAAAAAUUCUCUGGUGUUUAGCUUAUUAUCAUAACCAUUUCAUUUUAUUGACUACAACGUUUCCUUUCAGUUAACAAGAAAUAUGUUUUAGUUCUUUUUACCUACUUCUUCCAAAACAUCUUUCUAAUAUGUUAGUAUUCCAAACAAUAGUAAGCUAGUAUGCACUUUGUGACUUACUUUUCAAUGUACAUCAUUGCGAUCAAAACUGAUUUUUUGCUUCCAGUCACUACCGAGUUUUUAUAUUAUCUUAACAAUGGUACGGUAGAAUUCAAAUGCUAAUACGGACUUAGGUCUAAUGAAAUUAUUAGACACAAGGACUUCAAUAAUACACGAACAGAUGCAGAAUGGUAAGAGGUAAUUGAUCUGAAUGAAAAAGCUUUCUUAUCAUUGGGUAGUAGUGCCUUGGCUAGUAGUUUUUGAUCAAUAAAUACUAGGAGCCGUCCGUUCCAUCAUAUACGCAAAUUAGCUAACGGGCAAAUAUACUAGUAUGUCAACACCUACGUUAUUUUCUCCAGUCAAGUUUUGAGCAGCGAGAAUUUUCUGCAUGGCAGUGAACUGGGUGAAGAGCACAUUUUGACAUUUUUCACAACUCGGAAUCUGGAAUUGUCAAGAUAACAUCCUCAUUAGCAUGCCGAUAGAACGUUAAAGACCUCGACCACUUUGUUCAUCUACAUCAUUUAAACUAUGAAAUCCAAUCCACUCGUUUACAUUCUUAUUGAAUGUAAAUAGAAAUUCGUUCGUGGGCAUCUACAAAGAACUGAAUAAACAAUGUCCGACUUAGAACCAUCAACUACCAUGACUGAUGACCAACAUUCAGCCUUAUCAGUAUCCAUAUGGGAGAGGUUACAGUGAUCACCAAACCGUCAACAUCUCUAUAUAAUGGAUAAAAACUUCUCUGCACAUCCAUCAGUCGACGACAACUUGUGCCGGUCUUGAGUGUUAUAACUGCAUUUGACAUCUUAGUGGAGUCACCAUUCUGCGUAGAGAAUAAAGAAAUCAAAGUACUCGUGAGUUAUUUUAAAGACAUCUGGAGUGAUUAACUUGUAUGGAUCUAAGGCUCCGAUUCCCGAAUCAUACUAUGAAGCGCCUACAGUUUCGUUUUGGACGAUCUUCAACAAACAUUACUGUAGAGCGGUGGGAUGAAGGCUUGAAACAGCCCGUCCGAACACAAAAAUUUAUUGAUGCUCAAAAAAGCAAAUGUCUAAAUGGAUUGAAAAUCAAACAGUCUGGCAGGGAUCUAGCAAUGACGUGAAAAAAGCACACGGAGAUAUCAACACGGAUUAAAGUGGUUUUACAAGAUUAUAGGAACAGAUAGAUACGAAACUUUACUUGGUAUAGCACUCAAUUUCGACUUACAACUUUAGAUAUUAAACCGUGCUGUCAAAAUUCACAAGUGCAAAUAACAUUCAUAUCUCUAUUACAUUAUCAAACUACUUUAUGCGUGACUAUUUUCUUAUCUGCGCCUAUUUUGAUAGUCACUAUGUUGGUGUGCACCCUUUUGCCUUGAUCCUUCCAUCAUAAACGGGUCCUCCGUUUAGAAGUGUUUUAAUAAUUGAUAGUUCUGUCAACCAUGUAUUUUUAGUCUGAAGCUUUUACCUAUUGAAAAAAUUCAGUUUUAAAUUGAUGGCAAAUGACGCUCUUUCUGUUCUCCUUUGGUUUCUCCUCUUUUUCACUUAAUUAUUACAACCAUAUGAGAGGAACGACGGUUUGUACCUGAAUUCCUGUGUUCACACCACGGCAUCCAACGUAGGAGAAAACGCGCGUUGUGGAUUCCCAUUUCGUCUUUUAUAUAACUUUAUUAAGGUUCUUGUGACUAAAUGGCAAUACUAAGGCAUUCUAUUCAGGAUGUACAUAUGCCAAAAGCUACUGACCAAUUCCAAUUCUUAACAAUGAUGAGAAAAUUCAUCACUUAUACGGAAAAUUAUGUCCAGUGCUGUUUAUGUGGAUUACCCGUAGAAGAAAACAGCCAUUUCCAUUUGAUUUAAGCUGUUCAGCGAGAACUGGAUAUUACGAGAAUAAUGGGACUUUGUUUCAAUAAGUGCAUCCAACUUAUUCAGUUUAUUCUGAUUCCCAACCGGUUUUUCUGCCUCAAUUAUUCCUAAUGAAUCAAGCUGUGAGAAAUUGUUUGCAUACGACAUUCUAGCAGAACAUUUCUGGUUGAGAAAAUUGUUGGACGAUAAAUUAGCUAAGGAGCCCAACUUCUGUAAACUUUCAUGAAUUUUUGGAACAGUAGUAGCGAAAAUGGGACAGAUGCAUUAGCACAAAUGGGGAGUAGUUCGAAAAAAGAUAAAAUAAUUGAUAUUUUAUAAAAUAAAGCCUUUAUCCGCGUGUUUAUUGGAUAAUAAUAUCUCAUUUUCUAGAAAAAAGUAUAUAAUAACAAAGAACAAAUUACUAAACUUUGUAUAAACUAGAAUGAAAAUUUUAUCGGCCAAUCUAUCUGCUAAUUAUCAUCCAACUGGUCUGAAUGUUUGAUGUGACUUUUGCAGUCGUUUUUUUUCCACUAAGACGAGCAUAUCCUAUUUCUAGUAUGAUCAGAAAAGGAUAAUGUGGAUUUUUUACUCACCUUAUUUAUAAAUUUGUACAAUGAUUAACUCAUGCAGGAAAUGAGUAAUGAUAAUUUCUUUCUAGUUUGUAAUUUCUCUAAUACAGUAAUAACGUAUUUUAUGUUUG